AUGAACAGCUACAACUUCGAUGUUGGCCAUGGCGAUGAUACCGACAUUUUCAAAGAACCCUUGUUACUCCAACUGUCAUAUGGCAUUUUAACCUUAAUCUGCUUCUUUACAAAAUACGGGUUGAGGCAGAUCUUGUUUCUCGACGCCUUGCAAGAAUAUUCGAUGUUCGUGAGAGUGGAUGGAUACAGACGAGAGCCGGACAAGGCGUUCUGUUACCUUGCAUGCAUACUUGUACCAUCUUUCUUCGUUGAAAUCAUUCAUAAGGUCAUUUUCUUCUCCACACUCCACAGUGAAGAUAUAAUGACGGGACUCUUUCAAGAUGUUACAAUGGAGAUAUAUAUCAGGAUCAGGAAACAGUUAUCGAUCACCAGUCAUAGGUAUCGCUUCUUCAUUAUUGCGUCCUUGGUUGUCGUCACUGCUAGCCAGUUCUUCAGCUUUGUCUAUGGUUUUGGCUUCCAUAUCAGACAAAUUUCUUCAAUUCUGGCAAUCUAUUGGUAA